AUUCUGAUCCUGGUUCAGGUCCUGGUGAGUCCUGCUGCAGGGUACAACCUGGAUCAGGACCACAGUCUGGUGUUCAGAGGCCCCGCCUCCUCGAUGUUUGGAUAUUCAGUGCUGCUGCAUCGUCACGGAGCUCACAACUGGCUGGUGGUUGGAGCUCCAGUAGCAAACGUGUCCUCCAAAUCGUCCAUCCAGUCUCCGGGGACUCUUUAUCGCUGUGGCAUCUUGGCUGAGCAUCGCCACUGCCACCAAAUGCCUGCUGACGAAGUGUUUGGGUGUGGAAAGACAUGUGAACCUGAGAGUCAUCACCAGUGGCUGGGAGUCAGUCUGUCCAGACAACCUACACAGAAGGGUGGACACAUUUUGGCAUGUGGUCACCGUUGGAAGAACGUCUACUACUCAAAAAAAGACAGCCAAAACAACAAGCUGCCCAACGGGAUAUGUUACCUUUAUGAAAGUGACCUGACACAAACUCGACCUUUAAUACCCUGCUACAAAGACCAUCAGAGGAAGUUUGGUGAGGAUUAUGGAUCCUGUCAAGCAGGCAUUUCCAACUUUCUGACUAAGGAUUUAAUCAUUAUGGGGGCGCCUGGAACUUCUUAUUGGACGGGUUCAGUUCUGGUUUACAACACGUCCAGCCGAGGAAUGUCCGUUUAUGUGGAUGAUGACACAAGACCUGUCAGCUUUGGAAGUUACCUUGGUUACUCUGUUGGAGCUGGUCACUUUCUGAAUCCUUCUUCUGUAGAGGUGGUAGGGGGAGCUCCACAGUACAACCAAAGAGGCAAGGUCUUCAUUUUCACAAUAGUCAACGAAAAGCUGCAGGUUGUUUCAGAAGUGUCUGGAAAAGAACUGGGAUCUUAUUUUGGCUCCAGUGUUUCUGUGGUGGAUCUGAACGCUGAUGGUCUGUCAGACCUGCUGGUUGGUGCUCCCAUGGCAACCGGCACUACCAGAGAGGAAGGAAGAGUGCAUGUGUACAUCAAUGAGGGACAGGCAAAGCUGAAGGAGGCGGAGUUUCAACUGACAGGCAGUGACUCAUACGCUGCUCGGUUUGGAGAGACCAUAGCUGACCUUGGAGACUUGGAUGAUGAUGGUUAUCCAGAAAUAGCAGUUGGCGCUCCACAGGAAGACCACCUCAGAGGAGCUGUCUACAUAUACAACGGCAGGAAGGAGGGCAUUUCACCAACUCCAUCACAGAGGAUUACUGGUUCUUCUUUGGGUCAUGACCUGAGGAUGUUUGGACAGUCACUAAACUCUGGUAUUGACAUUGAUAAUAAUGGCUACCAAGAUAUGGCCGUUGGUGCAUUCCUGUCAGACUCAGCUGUAGUUCUUAGGACCCGUCCGGUAAUUCAGGUGAAAGCAUCUCUGAUUCUGCCUGAGCAGAUUGACCAGCGGGUGGUACUGUGCAAAGAUCACAGGGCUAAGACUAUCUGCUUCAAUGUUACUAUCUGCUUCAAUGUCUCUUCCAGACACUUCAAAGGAGCUAUAGAACUUCAAUAUAAUUUAACCUCUGACCUUCUCCAUAAACCCUCCUUCCCUCAUCGUUUCUACUUCCACGGUAACGGAACAUUAAAUAGCACAAGAGGGCGUGUGAAAGCAUGGCAAAAUCAUCUUACCUGUUCAACACAUGUGGCUUAUCAAAGGAAAGAUGUAAAGGACGUUUAUACUCCGAUCCAGUUUGAAGUUUCUUAUCGUCUCAGAGAAACAAACAGCCACAAAGCUUCCUCGAAAAUCUUCUCUCCAUUAAAACCGAUCCUGCAGCGGGGUGUGGGACACCACAACACCAUCACCAACCAGACUUGGUUUGCUCGUUUCUGCUCUCAGCUGAACUGUUCCACCGACAUGCAGCUGUCAGGUCAACUGGUGCUGCCACAUCAGCAGACGUUCUUCGCUCUGGGCUCUGGACAAAUCUUGUUGAAAACCUUCCUUCUGAACGCUGGAGAUGAUGCUUUCCUGCCUCGAGUGACACUGCGAUUCCCAAACUACAUCCACUACAUCAAAGUGCUGCAGAAUCAGGACAAUGUGGUGAGUUGUGAUGUUGCAGAGGAUGUCAACAUUACAUACGUGAGUGUUGACUGCAGGAUAAACAGCCUCAUCCUUCCAGCCCACUCCCAGAUGAAUAUUAGCUUUCUCCUGGAUGUUUACCAGAACAGCACACCUGGUGAUGUCCACAUUCACAUGAACUCUAGCAGUGAUAACUUUGAGAUGAAUGAGUAUCUCAGUAAUAAUGGCAUGAGGCUUGUCCUUCCUCUCAAAUAUGGAGUCAACGUCAACAUCCACGGUUUUGUGCAUCCAACAUCUUUUGUUUUUGGAGAUGAAGACCUGAUUCCAGCUGACUGCUACCCUGAAAAAUUCAACUACACAUACAAGCUCACCUGUGCCGGGCUCCGGCGCUUCCCCACCGGCGGAAACGUCAUCACCGCCGCGGCAAACGUGGUGGACGCCUGCCAGUUCCUGAAGUGUUUCCUGGCCUAUUUCUACCUUGGCGUUUUCUGGAGCCGGUGGAUGCUUGCCUGGUUCGUGUUGUUGGUGAGGAUGUCCCCCGACGUCAGCAUCCCUGCCCCCCCCGGCUCAGCAGGUGUGGAGUGA